AUGCAAUUUCCAAUUCAUGAACCACAGAUUCAUUGGAGGCAGAAAGCACCUAAGGUUGGUAAGAGAUAUGAGGGGCCUGAUCAAUUGAAAGAGUGCUUGUCAUACUAUGCACUGGCCAAUGGGUACUCACUAUGGUAUGAGAGAACUUCCAAGAGUCAUAUAAUUGCAAGAUGUGGAGUUAGGCCACCAAAGCUAUCUAAGCCUGAGAAGGGGGGACAAAAGAAGAGCAACAGAUACCAGCCUUCUACAAAGACAUGUAAAUGGAGGUUGGCUGCUUCUUGGAUGACAACUGAGAGGUCUUUCCAAGUAAAGAAAUUAACAGAAGAGCAUACCCGUGUAAGAAACUUUAAAUAUGGUACUUUGAUAAAUUACAAAUGGAUAGGUAGGCAUUUUGCAGACAGAAUAAGACAACAACCAGACAUUAAGUGUUCUUUACUACAAGAGUUAGUGAUGAAAAAGUAUAAAUGCUUUGUAACACAACAACGAGUUAAAAGGGCUAGGCUAUGGGCUUUGAAUGAGUAUGAAAGAUCACUAGAGGAGCAUUAUGCAAUGCUUAGGCCAUAUGCUGAUGCACUUCUUAGGACCAAUGCAGGAUCCAUUGUCCAAUUAGGAACCACUACAAACCCUGAUGGAAAAACCUAUUUUGAUAGGUUUUAUGUUUGUCUGUUUGGCUUGAAAGAAGGGUUUAAAAAAGGAUGUAGGAGGGAGGUUGCUUUAUAUGGGUGUUUUUUGAAGACAUCAUGUAAAGGGGAAUUGCUAACUGCUGGUUUGUUAGAAGCUAUUAAGGAAGUGAUGCCAAGAGCCGAGCACAAACAGUGUGCCAGAUAUAUAUAUGAGAACUUUAGGAAGGUUUAUAGUGGAGUGGAGUAUAGAAACUUAUUUUGGAAAGCUGCUAAAUCAACUUACCCUGCACAAUUUGAUGAUGUGAUGAAAGAAAUCAAGGCUUCAAACCCAAAUGCAUUCAAGUAUUUGAUGGAAAGGAAUCCAAAGUCUUGGUGCAGGGCCUUUUUUGAUACUACUAGUUGCUGUGAAGCUGUUGAGAAUGGUUAUAGUGAAUGCUAG